GCCCCCUUACUUGUGAUAUAAAAAAUAUAGUGGUAGACAGAACAGUGCUUCUGCCGCAUCUGCACUGUAGAGAAGACGGAAUUAAUUAUUAAAAGCGAAGGGAUCAAUUUAGAGUAGCGCAUCAGGGAGGGGCAGAGAGAGAGAGAGAGAGAGAGAGAGAGAGAGAGAGAGAGAGAGAAAGAAAGAAAGAAAGUGCAGCCCUGAGUUUCUAUCCACGCCUAAAAAUAAUGCGAAUCCAUUCCAUAAAAGGAUAACGCGCCUCCGGUGUGCCAUCCGUUGGUAAAAUGUGCUACUCCGCCGUCAAGAAAAUAAAAGAAGCGGGACACGGAGACGUAUUGCACUGCAUCUCUAAUACAAUAUUAACCGUGAAGCAGCACGUCGGGGUUAGAGCUCUGGUCCGCGAUUAGGGUUCUUGAAGAAAAAAAUAGAUUACUUAUUUAUAAAUAUUUUUUACAGUUUAUUUUAAAUAUAUAGCCUAUGGGCAUACAUGUAUGUAUGUGUAUAUUUGUUUAACUAAGACUGAGAUGACACUGCAAUGUUGAUUGGGUAUAAGAGAAACGACGAGUGAAUUGCAAAGGGUAAACUUAUUUCAAGGUUCUGUCUGUUGGCUUUAUAGGCCUCUACAUGAAGGAUAGUAACACGCCCUGACAUUGAAACUCAGGAGAGAACACAGGCGAGUUCACACUGCAAGAAAACCAGCAUUUAAAGAACCAGCUGCAGCGCCUUUUAUAAAAGUGCGACCUGAGAUGUAAGAAUUGAACUGCAUCGAAGAUUUGUUACCAAAUGUUGCAAAUAUUUCGUUUUACCAGUGAGUGAUCUUGCCAGAUCCGUGCAUUGAACAGCGGCUGCAUGUGUAACAUUCGUCUUUUAAGUGAUCUCAACAAACAUGCUUGAUUUUUCUGAAAUCCUGGCGAUGGAGCCCAGCAGCCCUCGUUGGGUGUAAGGAGAGGGGGAUAUGGGAAGGAGGGUAUCGGAGACACCCAUUCACAUUGCAGUCCUCGCACUGGUGUUCCUCUCAGCGGCCGUGUCGGCGGAGGUGAAAUGCGGGAAUAUUUACAAGGGCUUCUCGGACUGCGUUCUGAAACUGGGGGAGAACAUGGCGGCCUACCAAGAGGAGCAGGAGCCAGAGCAGGGGUUGCAGGCGGUGUGCAGCCACUGGGAGGCGUUCCACGUAUGUGCCACCACAGCCCUGUCAGAGUGCCAGGAGGAGGCAGGGCAUAUCUGGGAGACCUUGAAGGAAGAGUCCAAGAAGAUCCGCUUCCAAGGCAGCCUCUUCGACCUGUGCAGCCCGAACGGGGCUCCACGACUGGGACCACUAACAAACUACCUGUCCCUCCUGCUGCUGGUGCUCCUCCCCACUGCAAUCACCUGGCUGUCUCUAUAGAGACUGCAGCAGCCAGCCCAUACAGACAUGGCCUUGAGAAUGGAAGAACACCCCCAGAUUCAAAGUGGAAUCUUCCUUUCCCCCAUAGGAGCUGGGUAGCACAGCUCACUCAACACAGCCCGGGAGGGGUCAUUCUGAUUCAUUCCGCUGUAAACAGGUUCACUCCCAGACAAUCAGUGUCCUUUUGAGAAAAUACUAUUGUAUACUAUAGGAUUGGUAAAUACUAUAGCCCCACUCAUUACAAAGAUAAAUAUGCAUUCUGUAGAUGUUUGCCAUUGCUGUAGCAUACUCUAGUAUUUUGUUUAAACUGUUGGGGACUUUGGUUUAGGGAAGGGGGGGGGGGGGUCAUUUAGUCAUUCCCAAGUGGCAUGAGCCUGCAUGAGAUGGUGUUCUUAAUGAGAGAGUGAGAUUAACCCUUUGCCUGUCGUGGAAUGGCUCUGAUUAGUAGUUUAGGAUGGAAAAAAAUGUCUGUAUAUUUAUUUAUAAACGUAUUGCUGUGGAAAUAAUUGUUAUAUUUACAUUAACAUUCUAAGUUGCCAGAGCAUAAUUAUUUAUUUUUUUAUUUAGGAAAAGCAAGUUGCCUUUUGGUCUGGAAUGCACUCCUUGUUGGUGUAUGACCAUGAUAAAAAAAAACAAAAAAAAAACGCUUUGCUAAACAUGAUCACUAUUGGUAGAAGUGACCUCUGUGAGAGUAGAUGUAUUUAUGGAGGCCAGUCUUAUGAGUUUUUUUUAUAUUUAAAAAGUGUUACUUGUCAAGUACUCGCACUUCCAACAUCAUUCUACACAAUGCCACUGGCAUUAGAGGCUUAAUAAUAUGUUUGACAGAAAGGAAAUUAGAGUUCAGCUCGAAAUGCAAAGAAUAAAUAUUUCAGUCUUCAGCAGAUUCAGACAUCACACACUCUUCAUUCUUUAACUGCCAAACAAGACCAGAAUGUCAGCUUUACAUUUUUGUAAUGCUCCACACUUGGAAUUCUGGGUCUUGUAGUCUCCAUUGCACAAGACCAUGCUUUAUUAAUUAAGGAGAAUUUACACUUUGUAAAUCAGCCACUGCUAUUUCAAAAGUGUUGUUGCAGAUAGGGACCUCCAACAUAUUUUCAGUGUUAUGAAAACUUAAAGCCAUACCCAUCUCUUUGACCUGUGACCUAAUUAGAGAUGUACGAAUAUACUAAUGUCAUGAUAUGAUGCCUAUCGCGAUAUGCAGGUCACGAUGUGACCUGUAUCACAGUAUGAUAGUAUCACGAUGCAUGUGAUGGUCCUGAUGGGUUACUUGCAUGAUGCUUUAAUAAGAUCACAUGAUAAUUCAGUGACAGUUUUGUUAAAAGACAUCAAUGGAGUGAGAUGGGGAGAGUAUGCAUUCAUACCACCUGUGAAACACUUACUGUUCAUUCAAGAACCACAUGGUGAACUACAAUGAGCUGUGUGGUGCUUUUAGUCUUGUAUGGCGAUACAAAUGAUACGGACCUCUAUUACAAUAAGAUAUAUCACAUAAAGAAAGUAGUAUGAUUCAUCAAUAAACGAUAAAUCUACGCCUCUAGACCUAAUAUGGCUGCCAUGUUGUUGUGACUUUUUGGCAUCUGGAUAAAUAAAUACCAAAUGAAAAAGCUGUGAGAGACUGGCUUUCCAUUGUGUAAAUAAGUAUACUACUUGAUUAUCCAAGUUCCAUUAGGGGUGUUGGCCAGUAAACGUCCAUAACGACAGGGCGGCACACAACACUUCCCCUUUGAUCUUGUCGAUCUGUGAGAUUGGAGGCACAACAUAAGAGGGUAGAGCCUGGGAGCAAACCCACAACCUUGCACAACGCAAGCGAACGUCUCAGCCGCUAUGGAAAAGAACCAAGCUGGUUUGCAUUUGUGAUCAUAGAGUUUUUAAUCUCAUCUCCCCGACAGGGGGCAGAAACCUAUACCAGCUGGCAUAACACGACACUACCCGUUACACAGGCAUAGAUGUGAAUAGAAGGAGCCCAGCAGCAUGAUGUCACAAAGCAGUUUAAGAAAGCGGCUGCAGCAUUGUUCUGGAGAUUAUUAUGAGUGGCAGCAGAGAUCAAGAUCACUUGCUAAUCUCAAUACCUGCCACUUUGUUAAUGGAGAAUGAUUACAAGAAAGUUACUGUUAACUUCUGUUUGCAGCACGUUAAUAAAAAGCAUGUUGCAGAGCCAUGUAUUCUAUGAUCCAAGUGGCAUCUCAUUAGUUUUGUUAAUUCUAUCGAAUAAAGUGAUCCACUAUGACCUAACAAACUUUAUAACAAAGUCUGAAUCUCAAACUGUUCGCAGACCACAGCAUUACCAGCAGGACAACAUCAUGGAUCUGGAACCAAUACAUCACAAGAGUCUUGAUAUGGUAGCGGACUGUCUGGUAUUGCUAUGACCUGGAAUGGGUUUGCAGUAUUUAUUUGUUCAUACUAUUGUGAUACCAUUGUCAUGUCAAAAUAUGAAAGUGUUACCACAGUGAUACCACCCCUUAAAAUGGAACACAUUCAUUGCUGUAAAAACAAACCCUGUUUCUUCAUAGUUACCCUGAAUGUGGUCAGAGAUGCAAUCCACUGGAGUCCCUCAUCCCUGAUCCAUUCUGUGGGGUGAAGAUACACUUUGGGGGGUCCAUAAUAUUGCCAUGAUGUCAAGUACCCUGGUCUAAUCCCAUGCGGAAUUUAAAAAAAAAAACACAACAGGACCCAAAAAUGCGUUAUUUCACUUUAUUAUUAUUUGUUGAAUCUGUGUUCCUUAAAAAUGUGGACUAAAUGCAUGGUUUGUCUUGAAAAGUAUUAGAAACAUAGAAAUCUUUUGUUGCGGUAUCCUUUCUAGAAAUGCACUGGCACGGCAAACGGAGAAAUCUGUAGACACUCCACAAGGACAGGAUUGUCCAGACCGCCCAGACAUUCAGUAAAGUACAUUGAUCAGGAUUGUUUCAACCGUGAAUCGAAUCAAGUAGUGUGAAUGUUCGUCUACGUGCCGUUCACCUUCACACGAAGGCUGUUGUCUGUUUUCCAUCUUCACAUUCAGUUUAGAUAUGAGGUGAUGAUGAUGGCUGCAUCUAUUUUAAUGAUCCAAACCAUGGCAGAGCUUGAUACCGCCAAUCUUGAACUGUAUUUGACCUUCCAGAGCUAACAUAUAGUGUUGACACACUUUAUAACAUUGAUUGCUACAUACAGUGCAAUUACAGUGACGUCAAUGGGAAGGCAUUUUGAUUCUGCCACUGUUUGAAUUAUGAAAAUAGAACCACCGUGUCUCUGGAAAGGAUGUGGCACCUUGCCAAGGAAAACAAACAACUUCUGGUUACUACUGAAAAUAAUAUUA